UUUUCAGCAUCUUUUAAGUAGCUUUUCUUUUUUAUUUUGCACAGGAGCAAACGACCAAAAGAUUUAAGAGGAUCUUGGUUAUAUGGGCAGGUAAUCUCUUCUGAAGGGGGGCUCGCAGCUGCAGCACAGACUCAGUCCUCCUCCUCCUCCUCUGUGGACCCCCAGUCUGAGUCCUCUUCUUUGGACUGACCCAAAAUGAAUGAAAGAACAACUAUAACAUUCAUCCGCUGCUCUAUGAUUCCUCUCAUCUGCUUUGUUGGUCUUCUCAUUGUCAGCCAUGGCAGCUCAAAGUGGGCAUUGUGAAGGGCGACCCUCAGCAUCAAGAUCCUCAGAGUCAAACAAAGCCCUGCACCAGCUCUGGACGUGUUGACAUCUCACAUCAUUCCUCCAGCUCUUCUUGGCACUAUGGAACUUUUGUUUCAGAGUUCCACUUCAUCCACGCCCCUCUACAACGCCAGCGUGCCGUUAAACAUCUCAGGGAAUACGAGCUUUGAUAAGUUUGCAGAAAUCAAUGUGGGUGAAAUCCUUGGCCCAAAACGAUCACCCUUCUUCUUCCCCGUGGCCACAGUUUAUCUUCUAAUCUUUCUCACGGGGCUGUCUGGAAAUCUGCUCACCUGCGCGGUCAUAGCGAAGCACAAGAAGAUGCGAAACCCCACCAACUUUUACCUGGUGAGCCUGGCCGUGUCGGACCUGCUCGUGCUCCUGUUUGGGAUGCCCUUGGAGAUUUACGACCUGUGGGAGAACUACCCUUUCCCCUUCGGCGAGGGCGGCUGCUACUUCAAGACCUUCCUCUUCGAAACGGUCUGCUUCGCCUCCAUCCUCAACGUCACGGCGCUGAGCGUGGAGAGGUACAUCGCCGUUGUGCAUCCGCUCAAAACGCGGUACCUGUCGACCAACCGGCACGCCAAGCGGGUCAUCACUGUCGUGUGGGCGAUGUCGAUGAUCUGCGCCGUCCCGAACACCUCGCUGCACGGCAUCUUCUACUUACCAGACAGACUGGAGGAGUCAGCCAUAUGCGCUGUGAUCAAACCCCUGUGGAUCUAUAACUUAGUGAUGCAAAUCACAACUGUGUGCUUCUACUUCGUGCCCAUGACGAUCAUUAGCAUGCUGUACUUAGUGAUGGGCAUCCAUUUGGGCCGGGAAAGGCGGCACGUCAGGAAGAACCUGGGGAGGAACUGUUGCAGCGACACCAGAAGAAAGAUCAGCGCCGAGAACGGGCGCAGGAGACAAAUCACCAAGAUGCUCUCCAUUGUGGUGGCCGUGUUCGGGGUCUGCUGGGCACCCUUCCACAUCGAACGCCUCCUGUGGAGCUCAGUCAGCCAGUGGACGGACGUGAUGCACAACGUCUACCAGUACGUCCACAUCCUGUCAGGCAUCUUCUUCUACCUCAGCUCCGCAGUCAACCCCGUCAUCUACAGCCUGCUCUCCACCAGGUUCAGGGAGUGUUUCCGGGAACUUGUGUGCUCGCACGCGGAGGACAACAACUCUGUCAGAGACUCGCCACCCUUCCCCAAGAUCUUACUGGACGCCUCCAUCUCAAGUUCCAGAUCUCAUGCAGACAUUAAAGAUUCCAGUUCCUUUAUUCCUCUGCUGUCUCCUCAGGUCACUUUGAGUAUGGAAACAGCAGUAGUUCCGUGUUCAAGUAAAGAAACCACCUGCAAAACCUCUAUGUUUUGAGACGUGUUUGAAAUCGAGGAACUCUCAAAGAAGAACCAAUUUAAAGUUACAGGUUGACAUCCGGGGAAAAUGUGUCGCAUUUUUGCAAACAAACCUAGACAUCAGUUCUGUGUCUAUCAAGUUUCUUUCUCCCACGAGACUUUGAAAAUAGCUUUGAAAACGCUUUCAAAUUGUUGGAAAAUACACUGGUUCUGUCUAAAGCGGAGAUUGAAGUGGAUGGAAAAAAAACAGUGCCAGUCCUCCCCUUGGGGAUACGCUUUCAAAUCCCAGUAUGAGUUAGAAUGCAUCAAAACAUCUCUCAGGUGUGGAAAGGUUAGAUUGAUAGAGUAUUAGUGAGCUUUGUGAAUAAAGCCGCCACCAUGUUGCAUUGCAGAAACCAUGACCAAAAAAAAAGGUAAAAUGUACAAACUAUAACAAUGUACACUUAUUUUAUCAUAUCCUUGAUUUUUUGCCGGAUCCAAUGAUUUGUAAGUGUGCAUUUUUGAGCCUUUAUUGUGAAAAUUCAAUGAUUUUAGCUGGGAUUUCUGUAGCUAUUACAUGUUCUGUUGUGAAGUUGGGUUGGUUGAUGUGUGUGACACAAAGGUGCUCCUGAGCAUCACUAUAAUCAUCAUCCACGUGUCUCUCAAAGUGCCAAUCAGUACGACUGUAACGAAGAACUGUACAACAUCUGUCACAGUUAAUCUCCUAUGAGUAAAGAUAUGCAGAUCAGAAACGUAUAUGACUUGGUAGACUUAUCCAGCUGCCUCUUCUAAAGAGCCACUUGACAGAUGUGAAGGGUGACAUGAAUUCAGCCACCUCCAGACAUUCAGGGAGAACAAACUUGGUUUUUAACUGGGAUGCUGUGGGAUUAAACGGACGGGUCAGUUCAUUUUGUUCCAACAGCAUCUCUAAUUGUCCAUGCCAAUCAGAGGCUGAAAUGGACAGAGAGUGUAGAAAAUAGGAUAGAGAUGAAUGUGCUGAUUAAUUCAACAAGGAAAUCACAUUAACUGGCAGAUUAAUUCAGUGCCCCUCAUCACUUCAUCGCUUAUUGUGCUCUGGAAAAAUGAAACACAUCAGCAAAGCUGACAAAUACCAAUUACCGGAGGGAGAGGAGGUAAAUAAAAAGUAGCCAUUGUGUUAAUGUCAGUCAGUCCACUUUUUUUUUAAUACCGUACAGAUUAGCAUACAGGUUGGGAUUAAAGUGUGUGCUUUCUUUUGCGGUUCAAGGUGUUUUCAUAAUAAAAUUCAGCUUUUACCUUUUUUUUCCUGAAGAUUUGAUUGCCAUUGAGCAUUUAAAAAAAGAAAGUAGGUAGUGCCAAAAAUCUAAAUCUUACUUUGAAAGAAAAACACAUUAGCCUGCGCUAGUCUUUCUGAGAAAUGUUCAUUAUAUCGUUCACAAAUAAGGUGCUGACCAAUUUAUGAACAGUGACAAUGGAGGUGUGCUUGAAUAGCUUUCCCAGGCUGCUGAUCAUUUUCAAGUCAACACCAAACAAAGAAGUGCAGAUUUAAUUUUUGAAAAUAGCAGUUUUUAUAUUUGUUCAUUUUUUAAAUGAGGUUGUGUGAAGCACGUAUGAGCUGUCAGUAUCUUACCUGCAGUAGGUAGCAGUCAGAACAGUUUUUUUAGUUUAGAAAAUCUGGAAUGAAUUUUCAUCUCACCUUCUGUUUUGAGAAAACAAAAUACCUACUGUUACUUAAACAGUUGUUUUUACUGUUGUACUGGUUUUACAAACACCCAAAUGUAAAACAACACAAACAUUGUUUGGCAGAAAAAAAUAUUGACAAAGUGAACAACUCUGUCAUGCAAAAGUACUGAGGUAUUUUAAGUUUUGAGUUUUGUUUUAUAAUAUGUCAAAAAUAAGCUCCCAACUUUGAGUAGCAGUCGCCUAAUUGAAACGUCCUUCCUGUUUGUCCAAACUGAAAUUUCCCUGACAGCUGUCUACGGCAGAUAUGACACUAACUGCUCAUAACUACUUCACAAACCGACAUCAAAAGAUGAAAAAAAAGAAAAUGUAAGGAAAACUGGCUGCAUAAAUUACAAGAUGCAAACAUCAGCAUCCUCCUUACAUCACCCUUAACUCUCAUUCGUGAAAAAAAGAAAAUGCAGUCAAUGCAAAAACAUAAGCGUCUUUAGAGCCAAUGCAUAGACUGCUAUUUUUUAGCUACUCAUAAAACACAAGGAUGCAGCAGAGGUAGAAAAGAAAUGGCUCAUACUCAAAUACUUUAAAGUCAUUUUUCUGGUCAUAAAAAUACACAUUUUCUCCCUGUGAUUUUGAACGUUGGGAGAAAACAAAUGUGUUUAACAGGUCUGCUAAUAAAUGUGUUUAAUAAGCUGCAGACAGAGAGCAUCAUGCAAUUUUAAUAAUGCAUUUUAUUAAGGUCUAUUAUGCAAGACCCAGAAAACCUAGUAUUCAGAGGGCAGAAAGAAA